AUGUUGACAAUUGAAAUUGUUUCAAUAAAUAAAAAAAUUGCUGUGCCUUAUAAGAAAGGACAAUCCAUAGAGCAAUUGAUUAAAGAAAUCAUUAAAAGAGCACUUCUAACAGUUGAUGUCACCUCUGAAUAUCAAUUGUAUCAUAACAGCUCGGAGCUGUAUCAUGAAGAUACUCUCGAGGAUUUAGGUAUAAAUGACAAUGAUCUACUUCAAUUAAAACAAUCUCAACAGCCAGUUGUUGGUGAUGAUAAUCAACAACAACCACCACAACAACAACAAUCAACGACAACAACAAUAGCAGAUAACAUAUCUGAAAAGUUGUCAAAUGUAAAUAUUUCAACAACCACAACAUCAUCAACAUCAACAACAUCAUCGGAAAUCACUAAAGAUAGUGAUAAUAAUAAUAACAAUAAUAAUAAUAAUAAUUAUAAACAAGAAAUUAAACAAAUUGAUAUGAUUGUUUUGGAUUUAUCUGGAUCCAUGAGAUCAGCUGCAUUCAAAGGAUCAUUGACACCAGGCGAGUUAGAAAUGAAGAGAAUAGAGAUAGCUCAAGCUUUAUUCCAAACUAUGAUCGACAAGUAUGUUCAGUUGGAGAUUGCUGCAAUCGUUGGUUUGGUUUGCUUUGGCGAGCGUAUCGAAGUAACAUUCCCACCAACCCGUAACUUUGAUUCAUUCUCCACUGAAUUGGGUGAAGUAGUUGCCAAUCAAAGUAAAACAAGAUUAUAUGAAGCUAUUAAAUUGGCAGGAGAAACAAUUGUUAAAUAUCGUGAAAAUCCAACAUCUUUGGCGGACGGUUUCGUUUUAGCACCGUCGGAUAAAUUAAUUUGUAGAGUAUUUGCAUUGACCGACGGACAAGACAAUAGUAAUGCAUGUCCUUAUGAAGUGUAUAAAUAUUUGAAGAGUGCCAAUAUCAUCUUGGAUGCUAUUCCCAUUGGAGAGGGUGGAAAUACACUCGGAUCUUUCACCAAGGCAACAGGUGGAUCGUGUUUCACUUUCAACUCGUCAAAGGCAGGUGUAGAGCUAUUCGAGCGUGAAGCAGUCGUCAAUCUAUCGACACGUGACAACUUGGCAGCAUUCUCUAUCCCAAUCAACAGUAAAGCGGCAUUCUCAGCGAUCGCUCCGGAAAUAGUUACCACCGUCGAACAAAAGGCGGAUGCCACCAUUAAAAGCGCUGGAAAAUGCUCUAGUAAUGUGGCGGUCGCUAGUUUGGAGAGUAAUCCUGUUUCACUCUUACAGUCACCGAAUCCAAUGGAUCCGAUCGAUCCUGUUAAAGCCGGACUCUACAGAGACAAUCCAACCGAGUACUGGAAUAACGCCAGACUCUGGAACAAGAACUAUGCUAGUUUCACCUUGACCGAAUUGAAACAACUUCAUUCAUUAGAAUAG